AUGCCGCGUCCCUUUUCCAUGAACGUGAACGAGGGGGAAGCUCGGGGAGCUAUGGGGAGUCGCCCGAGGCCCAGGAGUGGUCGUCCGACCGAUCAAAAGGACAAGCGGGCUCGCAAGUUCUCCUUCGCGAGCUUGCUGGGUACAUCCUCCAAGGUCGACGAGGAGCAGAACGACGUCCCCAGCAAGCUCAUUCACGACGAAGCACCUACUUCACCGGGUGGCGCGCCAGCAGCAGGAUCCCCGCGCAGCGGUCCUGAUGAUGCCGACAUGCGCAGCGAGGAUAAAGAGGUGGCUGGGCCUGCCGCCCUCGCACCGCCUGCAACCCCUACCACUCAUGCACCGAGGCGGUCACCGAGCAUGUUGAGGCGGCUGUCGAUGCGUUUGCGCGCGUCCAGUCCCAGUGCUCAGGUAUCUUCACCCACCGCAGAGCAACCCAUGCAGUACAUCGAUGACCCGUUCAGAGCCGAACGACCUGCUCCGCGCCUACCUCGUCGCCGAAUCUCAGCCCUUCGCGCGCGGGGUCUCGAGCCGCCUGUGCGGGACCUCAGCGCGCUGGAGCGUGAGCGCGACGAGCGGCUGCCGGUGCUGCAGCCCGUGGGCGAGGAGGAGGAUGGGGAGGCGACGGCUGCCAGGCGCAUCCGCGAGGAGUGGCUGGCGAGGAAUGCGCUGAGGGUGGAUACGGAUGCUGCCGAGCCAGUAGACAUCGAGUCGGUGGAUCCGUGCACGGUGCCGUUGCCUCCGUCGCCAGCACCUAGCGUCAAGGCGAUGGAGGCGUCUACUUCGUCGCCGGCUAUGCGACGUGGGUCACUGGCAUCGAGCGAACGCGCACCAGCACUCGACACCGAUAGCCGGUCCUCACUGGCUUCGUCGUCGCCCCGCUCUGAGGCGUCGUGGCGUGCGCGCGAGCGCGUCGAGCGCAGUACGCCGGGUGUCUUGGAGAGCCCUGUUGAGGGCUCUGUCGUCUUGCCACCGUUGCUGGAGGAGACCAUCGUCGAGGAACCAACGCAGGAGGGGGACGAGGCGUGCCCGCCACCCUCACCGUGCGCAGACAAGGCAUCCAAGAAGCAGAAGCGCCUGAGCCUCUUCGGCUGGCCCCGACCGUCCGCGCCUUCGCCCUCGACGUCGAAUAGGCGGUCAGGCCUAUGGGAUAUGCCCUCGCCGACGUCGUCCAAGAGGCGCUCGGGGACGUGGGAUGGCCCAAGGACGAGCAGUGCGCCGAUCACGACUCGCCUGCCCGUGGCGCCAGUGAUGCACGACGUGAAGACGAUAUCGACCAAAAUGGACAGCAUUGAGGACGAGGAGACGAGGCGGAUGACGGAGGUGGCGUUUAUGUAGCUGCCUGGUGUUGUCUACUUCUUAUCCUUUACUCGUUCGCUCUGAUCUUUCGUAUCCCUCACUUCCUCUCUACGAUCUCUCCCAUUUCGCACUUCCCCGACUUGUCCCCGACUCACUCUACCUGUGUACGAUCCCACCUCCAUCUCUCUUCACCCUCUACUUGACGUCGCUGUGUACUUACUACCCUCACCUUCUUUGCUUCUUCGACUGUAUAUAGAUGCGGACCCGAUUGUCAGUAGUUAUGCAUUUGGUUGUACAGUGG